GAUUUCAGCAAAUAAAUAAACAAACACAAUUCCUAGAAAACCAAACUUAAACAACUUCCUUUAUUGGUUUCGUUGCAUAUUUAUAAUUUUGUGGCGACAGUCUACAGGUGGUUAAAGACAGUCUUACGUGCAAAGAGAUGGGCUCCGGUGAUUUAGUUGGCGUGGUAUGUGCUUUGUGCUGUUUUGUUUUCCCGCCGUUUGUCUUCCAGUCCAUUGGACUUUUUACACCAAAGUGGGUAUCCAACUCAACCUGUGACAGCAUUGGUCUUAUAUAUUCUUGCUGUUCUGGGGACAAAAAUGACACCUGUGAAAACACAAACGGAGGAGACGAAUUGGAUGCGAGAGUUCUCGGGCUCGAAGCAACAGCGUUUGCUGUAAUGUUCCUAGCGAUAUUCGGAACAUGUUAUGAAACCUGCUGUAACAAAGAUGAAGAGGACACCGGAUGGUGCGGUGUAAUUGGAGGGUGCUGUCUUCUGCUCUUUCCAGUAGCAGGAUUGUUCAGCUUUAUUGGUUGUAUGAUCAUUGCUGGGAGUUACUCCACGUCUGAGCUCGGCUGGUCGUUCUACCUCUGUCUAACGGCAGGCUGUCUCAUCCUUAUUAUGACAAUAUGUCUUUGCUACUGCUUCUGCAAGGCACUGAAGAACGAGGAUGACGACGACGACGUACCAACAAAUCAAGGCACUUCCGGGGGUAUGGUCCCGUAUGAGGGAGGUGGAGGAGUGGCCCCUUAUGGUGGGGGUCCGCACGUUGCCGUGACACAAGUUGAACAAAGGGCUGUAGUUCAUGACCCGGAAAGUGGAGGUCUUCUGGUCAUAAUGCGGAAAUUCAGUAUCGCACACAUCGUUCAUAAUUUUAGAGAAAAUUAAAUACGGCUUCAGUUUUCAUUAUGACUUAACAAAGAUAUGAUAAUUCAGAAAUUAACAUUGGACAUUUAAUUUUUUCACUUUGUACAUUGCGUAGACAUCUUUUUUUUUCUCUUUUUUUUUUUGCACUUAUAACAGUUCUUAUAUGCGUUUAUAUACAUGUAGAAUAUAUAUUGCAGUAAGACUUAGCGAGUGUUCUAAUACUAACAUAGUAGGAUAGAAUUUCUUUAUUCAGAGAUUUUACUAGUACAUGUACAGGAUAUGGUAAAAUUUAUUUUAGUUGUUUUAAUUCAACGACUUUACUGGUAUAUAUAUCAUGUACAUAGUAAUGAAGAAUUUAGUUUAAUACAACAAAUUUACUGGAUAAAUAGUAUGGAAUACCUUCAUUUGGUCUAAGGAAUUAUCUAAAUGCAAGGGUCCGGAAGCAUAUCUGUGUAUAUGUCGCACUCGAAUAAGUAUUAUCAAUGGCGGCAAAUGAAUUAGUUGGGUUUUAAUGCAGGCCAUUUUAAAUGCCAAACCACGACUUUCCUGUUACCCCUGCAAGCACUUUUUGAGCACUUGGUGGUAUUUUGGGAUAUAUAUAUGUAUGUAUGCUUGCUGUGUGUAUGUGACGUUAAUUUUUAUAUAUGCAUAUAAUAUGAUUAAACUAAAACAACCCUCUUUAUACAAGCCAUGGCAAUGUUAGAACCAAGCUUACAAAAAACAAAUCGAGGAAGGCGUCAUAAAGAAUCGCGUUAAAGUUAUACUAACUGACUGUAUUCAAUACAAUAAAGGGAAUUCGUUUAUUUAGCAAUAUGAAACGUAUAUACAUAUGCACAUGCUUCGUCAGUCUUUGCUUGUAUUCGUAAUAUUUCAUGUACAUGUACACUUGUAUUUGUUUUAAUUUUUGUUCAUUUCGUUCUUUGGUUGUUUGCAUUACAAUUUAUUUGGUAACAGUUCAAUAUCAACAUAUUGUAUGAUACAAAACGAGUGUAGGGUAGCAUCUAGUUGUAUUCAGUAAGGGGAUAUUACCAAGAUAAUGGAUAUCACAAAUAUGCGCUCCCAAUCUUAAAAAAUUACAUAUCGAAUUCAAAAGUAUAAAUAUAUACACAAUAGGAGAAGAGUCCAGAAUUACGAUAGUACAUUAUUUAUUAGUGUAACAACAUCUGCAGAAUCACUUAGUAUUUAGUAGUAAAACCGCACUGUGGAAUUUCUUGAAAAGUCAAAUUUGGAUAGAUUAUUUUGGUCCGUGUGAUAUUCGCCAUUUACGUUCAAAUUAAGUUGAAUAUUCGACAAACGCCUAUUAGUCUCUAAGAAUGCAAAAACAACAUUUUUAUGACAGUAAUAUAUCAACAGAAUAAGACAUUCAUUACUUUACUUACUUAAAUCUCGCCCAUGUACAAUGCACAUAACAUAAAGUAUCAACAGAUUUAACACACAAUACAGUUAAAACAUGCAAACAACAAUUCUUAUAAGAAUUACAAGAGACUAUUAAAGUACAUUCAAACACUUACAUGUCAGUUUUGAAGCUGAGUUACACGAAACAAAAAAAGCAAAUAGCAGUCAUUACAUUUACUUGCCAUAUCACUAACACAUAACUCAAGCCAAGUUCAUUCAAUUUUCGCCAUGGCGUCGAGGCUGCAAUGUCAUGUCAAAAAUACAUGUAUUCCAAAGCACGGUAUUCUAUUCUUCUGGUGUCUUUUAGUCAAUAUUGUUUCAGAAUUCGUAUUCAAAUGCAUUCCAUGCUGAUUGUUCUGAGUAAUAACUGAAACAUUUGGACUGUACGGAAUCCGAUAUAGUCACUGACCGUUGUGGGACAGUUGAAUAGCUUUCUCAUACUAAAUAGCGAGUGUUUUGAGGCAAGAAACUACUAAUUCAUGAUUUGUCCUGAAUCUUGGUUACGACGACUUGGAAGUAUUACGAACGAAAGAAGACUAAAACAGUAUUUGCAAGGCUGUUUUCAGUACAGUAUAGGCAUUUAAACUGCAUUGGGGAUCAACUAAAAGCAAACUUUUUCGUCACGUCAUAAAAGGACCAUACAAAUGUCUUUCAAAAAGGAUUUAUUUAGAAUAAUAAAAUUUACUCCUUUCUUUACAAGAAAAUAUAUUUGUUGUUUAUUUCAUGCGAAAAUGAAGAAGUAAGUACAUAGGAAACAAAAAUCUAUACAACUCAUAACUGUAACCGUAAGUCUUUAUUCAAUAUGAAGGCAUAAGCUGUUAUGUAAAUGCCCAAAUGAGUACGUUUCAGUUUAUUUUCUCAAAUUUCAAUACCUACGAUACAAUAUAUCACUACACAAUACAACACAAUAUAUAUAUCCGCGACACUAUUACUUGGCUUGCGUAAAAAGUCAUUAUGUAUAUUGAGGUUAUUUCUAUACAAUUGUCGAAACAUGUUUUGUUUAACUUCUUCCAACAUAGUGGUGGAACACGGCAUUAUUUAAAGCACAGACAGAACUACCCGCGCAAAUCAUUUGCCCCGAAAGGUGACAUGAUAAUGUACAAAACAUCACUUCAUACUGUUUGGUCUACCUUUAUACAUGUUAUAUCAUUCUAAAAUACUCCUAGGUAUUAGAAACAUUAAACAUUUCAAAGAUGUCUUUGGUAUGUUUUGAAUUUAUCAUGGAAAACGAUUUUGGAAGGGUAUAUUCCAUUGUAAAUUUCAGCCGUUUUCGACAACAAAAUAUUUCAAAAUUCCAGUUUUGCUUUUAUUUGUUAUAAACUUUAAGAUACUAACAAUAUUAGUAAGCAUAAAAGCAAUACUUCCUGUAAAACAAAUUUGUGAAAUUUAGAAAAAAAAUAAGUUUUACCAUUAAAAUUUCGUUGGCCAGAAUUUUAAACAUGAAAAAAUUAUAAUUUUGCAUUAUUACAGAUAUCUUAAAGUUUAACAGAUAUAAUACCACAACCCCGGGUGACCUUUAUAAUGAUGUAUAACAUGUAGCUCUCUAUAUAUUUAUUUUAUUAUAGUCUCAUCAAUGUACAAUAUACAUGGAAUAAAACAUAUUCUCAUAUUAAAACAUGUUAUACUUCAAAUUUACAUAUAACAAAAGUGCAUUGCCUACAAGAGACUUUUGAUAACUACUUAUAGACAUCUAAAUACUGUAUGAAUAACAGUCACAAUUGUUAUUAUGCAUACCCUUAAAACUAGAUUGUUAUUGCUUAUCAAAGAUUUAAAUACAGCAUUAAAAUGCUUGUAAUAAGAUAUGGGCGCGAACGCGCACUAUCGAAAAAAUGGUGCAAAAAUCAGAUAUCCAUUAUGAUCAGAUCAUAAAGAAACUGAUAAGUAAUAGCAUUCUAGGGUUAUCGUAAAAAUUUCAUAUAUCAAAGAGAGAAAAAGAUGAAGUCACAUUAUGCAAACAGUUUAAAAGAUAUCCGUUAUAUUUUGUCAAACAGAGAAAAGAUAAUCGUACAUUAUCUACAUAGUUCAAAGGGACUGGCCUCCAGAUUGUUCGACAACAACAAAAAAUAUAGUUUUUUCUUAAUAUCUGGAAAAUGCUAAAUUUCUUAAGAAGGCUUUAAAACUUAAUUACUGACACACUAUAUGUCACUGAAACACAUGAGCAUUUGCUGUUUUUACUACUUUUUACGAUGAAAAUAGAAAAGCGUGUGUAACGCUUUUACUCCAGGUAAACUGUCUCGAUUAUAAAUAUUUAUAUUUUGAAUUCAUAAUUCACUACUUCCGCUUUAGCGCUAUUGGUUACGACGACGAGAAAAUGUCUUUUUUGCCGCGGCGGUCCGGGGUUCAUAAUAUGACCAAACUUCAAUUUGAAAGAAAGAUUAUUCUUAUCCAAAUCUGGAGGUCAGUGCCUUUAAAAUAUCUUUCUUUUAAAAUAUCAACACAGGCACUAGCACUAUAUCUAAUCAAUAAUGGACUGGAAAAUAUUUUCCUUCAUCUGAUCUUGUUUGACAUAAUACCAAAAUUUUAAUUUAUAAAACAGGCAUAUAUGUGGAACUUAUGAUAAAAGAAAGAUUACAAAGUAGCCUUUUAUGAGUUUAACAUAAACAUGACACAAUUUAUCUAUUGCUUGAUCUAUCAAAUGAGUGAUGGGUUUUUACAUGACUUUCUUUUUUUUAUUUUGCUAGCCCCAGAUAUUCUACAUGUCUCCAGGCGGUCUUUUUUAAAUUUUGAUUAUAAUUAGAUACUACAUUACACAAUGUUAAACAUGGAUAUUAGAAAUUACCAAUAUAAUACAAUGUAAUUCAUAUAUUUAUGUGACAAUAGUUACUCUUGUAAAUAGAUGUAUUCGAAAAUGCAAUAAAUUAGUAAUAGAUACUA